AUGAGGUACAUACGCUGGACGUUACUUGUGGCAACAGCUCUAGCUGCAGUUCACGCCAAUGAAGACGCUAUGACGUCUAAUUCACUGAUGGAAUUGGAACAGUUUCUUGUAGCUUCUUCCCAGCUGCACGAGGGACGACAGCUGAUGAGCAUCGAUCUGUUUGAAGCUCACGUGGCGCGCUACUUAAUGUCUGUUGCUGACACGUCAAAUGAGGUCACUACAAUUUUUGCGCUGUACAGAAAGGUAAAUCAAAUGGUCGUGUCGACUUGGGGCACCACUGAGGCUCAACAGCUCGCGUAUUUUAAAUAUAAUGUGUUUCCUAACAUUCAAACAAAGGCAAAGGAACUGCUUUUAAGCUCAACGUCAGGGAACAGUGAAACGGUAAAUGACGAAGUUGAAAAUGCCUUAACGUCAAGCACAACUCAAACGGACACUAGUGACUUGACGACGUUGGGAUCACCUACGACCAGUUACAGCAAGCUUUCAUCGACCAAAAAUGAUGACGGAUUGAAAACAUCCACGAAUGUAGGAUUGCAUACGGGCGCUGGAGCGGGUACGGGCGCUGGAGCGGGUACGGGCGGAGGAACGGCUCGGGGUGGCGAGGUGGGUACGGGAGGGGGAACAACUGCAGGCGAAGGUAUGAAUACUGGUGGUGGAGCGGGUACGGGCGCUGGAGCGGGUACGGGUACGGGCGGAGGAACGAUUCUGGGUGGCGGGGCAGGUGUGGCCGAAGGAACGACUCCGGGUGGCGGGGCGGGUACGGGCGGAGGAACGAUUCUGGGUGGCGGAGCGGGUACGGGCGGAGGAACGGCUAUAAGUGGUGACUCCCUGACUGUAGAUGGGACUUUUGCGGUGGCGUCGACGUCUUCGACGACGCGUACACGUUCGGGAACUGCGUUCUGGUUUACGACUUACAACCCACGACUGGCGAUCAACGUUGGCUCGCUGCCGUCGCAAAGAAGCGCAGUACAGACAGUCGUGGAGUCGUCCGCGCCUAGUGAGUUUAUGGCUGCCACUUCAUUCAGGUCAAAGUACACGUCGCCAACUAUUAUCCGAGACUACUCGAGCCCAAGCCGUCGUCACCUAUCCGGCGUCACCACAGACUUGUCUGACAUCGAUGUGCUAUUCUGCGAUAUUGAGGGCAACGCUAUCUGGAAGUGGAGCGCAGAGAACAUGCCAGAUGCCACAGUGACCAAUGUAUCUAAUUUUGCGACUGAAAUGGAUGUAAUGGUGGACGAAGUUUGCUCUGCUACUACGACGCUUAGUGUUUCGGCUUACCAGACUGGUUGCUCGCUUCAGAACCACCCUAAGGGCUGCGACGACGUGUACUACAAGGGAUGCGGUGGUAUCACUGUAUCCCCUACGAGCGAUCGCAUCGUGAUUGCUCGCACCGGUGGCCGUACCCUUGGUGUGCUGAACUACAAGUCAGUUGGUAAUGCCUGCCAGGGCCAAGUUGUGGAUGCGAUCACGACGUACCGCGGCAAGAAGUUUAACAGCCCAACUUUUGUUGAGUAUGCAAGCAACGGCAUUCUGUACUUCACAGAUAGCCCUUUCGGUCUGGCAACCAGCGACGCAGACUUUGACGGCGACAUUCUCGACAAGUCACCGCUCCGUGAGAUUCCGUUCAAUGGUGUUUACAUGCUGCGCAACGGUACGGGUCAUUCUGUGGAGCUGGUGGACUGUGAAAUGACGCGUCCCAAUAAAAUUGCCUUUUCGCCGUCCCAGGACAUCAUGUACAUCACUAACUCGCAAAAGGGCAACUCUUACGUGAAGAGUUACAUUUUGGCAGCCGAUGGCACGGUCAGCAACUCGAGCAUUUUCUUCAACUUCACGGCUCACCCUGAGCUGGAAACUGAUGCUGGUUAUGCGAGGGGCAUUAAGGUGGAUGCCAACGGCUACGUAUACGUGGUUUGCUACAAGGGCGUGUACAUUUUCUCGCCGGAAGCUGACCUGGCAGGUGCCAUCAUGAGCUCUCAAGAGCUAGACUCUGUGUCUAUGGGUCUCGGCCGCCUUUUCAUCUCUGGCAGUUUUGGCCUUGUGGCGCAGACCAGCGGCGUUGCUUCACAGCCGCUUCCCCGGGCUUCGGUCACCUGCAGUGCUUAG